UUGGCAACCCUUUUCAGCUCCGUCUCUGAAUUAAAAGUCCUCUCAUUUCUAUCAAUUUUGCGCGGCCAAAAACUGUUUUUGAAGCAAAUACCAAAGCCACAUCAGAAAGAACAAAGUUAAAAGAGGGAGGUGUUGGCAGUUAGGAUUAAGGUUAGGCUUUCAACAAUGUCGGACCCUGGAAGUGGAGGAAGUGAGGUUUUGUCUGAGUUUUUUAGGACUAGUAAUGACUCUGAGUUAGGGAAGAAGAAGACUGAGGAUAGUAGCUUUGUUUCCAACGGCAACGGGAAGGUUGAGCCUGAGGAAGGGAAUGGUUCCGGUAGCAAAAUGGAAGAUUUAAGACAUGGGGAUGGGUUGAGCGACACAAAGUGCGCUGAAGAUGAAUAUCAAGGCGAGACAAUGAUGGAUUUUGAUGUCAGUUCAAAGAAGAAGAAGAAUCGGAUGGUGGGAUUGAGAUUGUGGCCUCAUUAAUGAAGCGGAAGAGGAUGGCUGGCGUAGAGUUGAGGAGAAGCUGGAUCAGAUGACGAAUUCUUCAGUUUUGUCAAUUCCUGCUUAUUUUCGAUUUUCUUUUCUUGUUUUUCAAGGGGUUAUUUGUUCUGUUUCAAAUAUUCUUUUGCAAUCUCUUAUGGGUAUUGAUGUCAGUUCAAAGAAGAAGAAUCGGAUGGUGGGAUUGAGAUUGAGGCCCCAGUAGCGAAGCGGAAGAGGAAGGCUAGCUUAGAGUUUGAGGAGAAGCAUGAUCAGAUGACGAGC